AUACUUGGUGAACGAUUGACGCAUUUGAAUCAGAUUAAGUUGAAGUGCGGAUCGUAGAAGAACGGUCCCUGUUUUUUCGCUAAGUUAAGUAGUUCGAGAUUACAACAAAAAUAUUCAAAAAUGUUUACAGAAGCAUGUGAUCCAUUGAAACAUACUAGCAUGUACCAGAGAGCGGAAGAAGAUAGCGAGGACAGCGAUGGAGAAGGAGGACUUGGAAACGUUAGUCGGGUUAUCAUCCGACCUCCAGGUCACAGUGGUAAAGCGAAACGCGGACAUCUCUGCUUCGAUGCUGCCUUCGAAACCGGCAACCUAGGACGAAUAGAUCUGGUGGGCGAAUUCGAGUACGACCUGUUUCUCCGACCAGACACGUGCAACCCUCGGUACCGGUUCUGGUUCAAUUUCACCGUGGACAAUGUCAAACAGGACCAACGGGUAAUAUUCAACAUUGUUAACAUUAACAAAAGCCGAACACUGUUCAAGGAUGGCAUGACACCGCUGGUUAAAUCCACUAGUCGCCCCAAGUGGCAACGUCUUCCCCGGUGCGAGGUGUUCUACUAUAAAUCGGCCGUACACCAGAACCAUUAUGUGCUGAGUUUUGCGUUCGGAUUCGACAAGGAGGAUGAAGUGUAUCAAUUCGCGUUGACGUAUCCGUAUUCAUACUCCAAGUUGCAAGCUUACCUGAACGUAUUGGAGAGCAAAUUCCCCGACUCGUUUGAGAGAACGACGCUUGGAAUGACGAUUCAAAAUCGCAAGCUGGAACUAAUCACAUUCGAUGAUGUGAAGAAACCGGAAAAGAUCGACCACAAAAAUUUGAUUCACAUAGUGGUGAUCUUGGCCAGGAUACACCCGGGGGAAUCACCUGCUUCGUACGUAGUGCAAGGUUUGAUCGAAUAUCUGGCAGCAGCCAGUCAACCUGUUUCGAAAGCUUUGCGUGAAAACGUAGUCUUCAAAAUAGUACCGAUGCUGAAUCCGGAUGGUGUGUUCCUGGGGAACAACAGAUGCAACGUGAUUGGUCAUGAUUUGAAUCGGACAUGGAACAAGGUAUCCCAGUACACGCAUCCGACACUGGCGGCCGUUAUGAAAAUGUUGAAGGAGUAUGAUAAUUCGAGUUGUUAUCAGGUUGACUUCGUGAUCGAUAUUCACGCCCAUUCUACUUUAACGGGAACAUUCAUCUAUGGUAGCACGUACGACAACGUGUAUCGAUAUGAGCGGCACCUGGUGUUCCCCAAGUUGUUUGCUUCCAAGUGUGAAGAUUUCUGUCAGGAGCACAUGAUGUUCAAUGCCGACGAUAGGAAGUCGGGGACGGCACGGAGAUACUUUGUCGAUGCGUUAAGUGAUACUGUCAACACGUACACGUUGGAGGUGUCGAUGUGUGGAUACUUCCUGAAUGACACCAAUAUUAUGACGCAGUAUACCGAGGAUGGGUAUAUGCGAAUCGGUCGCAACUUGGCGCGAACGUUUCUGGAAUAUUACCGCUUCACCAAUAUUCUACCAAUUCCUCCGAUGGACGAACUUCGAACGCGCAAGGGACGCCCUCGGACACACCGACCAAGAACGCGCUCCAGAAACCGCAGUGAGGUCCACUCACGUCCCAAAACCGUCCGCACGUACGCACCCAUAAGCUAUACCGAUUUGUCAAUCUGCUACGACAGUUCAAGCUCCCCGGAAGGAUCACCCAUUCGUUACAUGUACUCCACCUAUGGAGGCUUUCGAAUGCGUGCACUGGGGCCACCAGAUCAGUACUCGCUGUCCAACAUACAGGCGGCUCGAUUUAGCAAUCUGGAUUUCAGCAACGACUUCAGGUUUAAGGUUACACCCAAAACGAAGACUGCCCUUGAGCACAAAAUGCCUCCGAUCGAGAUAUUGAACGUACCGCCAAAACCCUGCCUUACGAUAAUAGACUUCAAUCAGCUAACCCGCGGAGGACUCGAGGAAGCCACCUCCGGACGAACGUUCGAGCGGGAGAAGGACAAAAUUCGUCGUCAUACAAUGAAAAGCAGUUCACGGAAAGCGUAGACUAAAAAACUUUGUACUUUAUUGUUAAAAUUUGUAAUAAUUCUCUAUAUUCAACUCUGUUAUACUAGCUUCUAUUAAUUCCGUAAACGAUGUGUUCCCACAGAUCAGGACCUGUAGGGAAUUCUGCGC